AUUUGCAGUUUUUUUUACCAAAGUUUUCGCCAGUUUAAGUUUUUUUACAAAGUCUCUAAAUUCACCUAAGUACCUUUGAAUGUGGGUUGAGAGUUUAACUGGCCAUGGUUCUCUCUGGCACACCUCGCUCCCAAUAAGAUUGACACUCAAAUUUUGCAUUGCCGGACAGUAGAAAACAUGAUCCCUGGGUCACAGGUUUCCGAUUCGUCUGUUAUCGAAUCUAGCAAGGUAUUCUCAGAUUCUUCCAUGUACACUUAAUACUUGGCCUUUUCUACUUAUGUUCUUCAUGAUUAUUCUUGAAGCGAUUGUUGUAGAGAAUUCCUAGCCCUGGUUCCAUUUGUCAAAUCAUUCCAAGCAAUUACUCUGUCGUUGUUCAUAUGUUCUAAAGCUUACGUAAUUUUUUGGAAGGACGAUUAUUAGGCUUUCUCGUUCCCAUGAAUCGCAGUGUGCUUGGAUUAUCUUAAUGAAGACUUUCCAGCCAUUUCGUUUCAUUUUGCAUAUAUUUUCUCGGAUAUCAACAAUCAUAGAAUUUCUGCAACGAGAAUAACUGAUCUUGUCGAGACUACUGAUAAAAGUUACCCUGUCCAAAUUUGGGUUCUUCAGUGAACCGGGUUAAUUCCAAAAGCUAAGAAACGGCGCUGCUGAUAGCUAAAAGUUCAGCCUGAUUUUUCAAGCGAGGUUGCACGCUUCAUUUGUUUUUAUUUUUUAUUCGACAUUGUUGCUUAUUUAAGAUUACUACAGCCGCUUUUAUUUCUUUAUUAAUUUUUCUGCCGCCUGUGAAAAUGAGAAAAUUGAAGACUUGUGAGCCUUGCUUGAGAAAUUUCUUGGAGAGCGGGGUGUGACCAGUAAGCCUGUUCCUUUGGACGCCAGAUAGCCGAUAGCCUUGCCCUGUCAAUAAAGAUCGAUAACAGGACAUGUAGAGAGGAAAAGUUUGCAUUAAUAUUGCGAAAAGAGAAAACGUCGAUCGUUCGUCGACAGAACGCAGAAGGGGCAAAUAUCGGUCACGAGACACCUGCGAACUAUGAUGGAUUUGACAGAUCUCAAUAAAAUUAUCUUGGGCCAAAUUCCUUUUCUGGCCGAAUAUUGGCCAUUCGUGAUCACUGUGAUUGUCUGCUUCAUAGCGGCCGUCGUCCUUUUCAGAACAGCACUUGACAGCCCAGUCAAUGAAUCUCUACCUCCGGAACAAGACGCCUUAAACGGAUUGGAAGAAUUUGCUGAUAGUGAUGAAGAUGAACACAGCGGGAGUAUGCCCGAUGAUGAUGAAGGCCCCUCCCUACCUGCGGAUUUGGAACAUGUCCCUCUUGAAUUUCGAAGGAUAUCGUUUGAUGAAUCUCUGGCCAAGUCUAAAGAAUUUUACGAUGUGAUGGAGAAGAGGAGAACAGUGAGGUUUUUCAGUCCAGAUCCCGUCCCUAUAGACAUCAUACGGAACAUCAUCAAGGCUGCUGGAACUGCCCCCAGCGGUGCUCACACUGAGCCUUGGACUUAUGUUGUUGUUUCCGACAAAGACAUAAAGCAGAAAAUAAGAAAUAUAAUUGAGCAAGAGGAAGAAAUAAAUUACAACAGAAGAAUGGGAGACAGAUGGGUAUCAGAUUUAAAACCAUUGAAGACAAACUGGGAAAAGGAGUAUCUUACAACUGCACCAUAUUUAAUUAUGGUGUUCAAACAGGCCUAUGGAUUCAAAGAGAAUGGACAGAAGAAGAUGCAUUACUACAAUGAAAUGAGCGUUGCCAUUGCAAGUGGAAUUCUCAUAACAGCUAUUCACAUGGCAGGGUUGGUAUCUCUUACAAGCACUCCUAUGAAUUGCGGUCCAGCCCUUCGAUCAUUAUUGGGACGUCCGAAAAAUGAAAAACUGACGUUGGUCCUUCCUGUUGGAUACCCUUCCAAAGAUGCUACAGUCCCCGAUCUCUCUCGCAAACAAAUUGAAGACAUAAUGAUUGAAAUAUAAAUAAGAUAUUUUUUUGUUUGAAAGUACUAUGUAUUGUUUGUUUAAAUUGUGAGUCAACGCAUUAACACUAUGAAGUGAGAAAUAAUGGUUUGAUGUGAAUUGUGUUUUUCAGUUUUUUAAACUAUGCAAAUCAAUGACACGAUGGAAGCAAUAAACACUAAAUGGGCAUAUUUUUAAA